CAUGAGGACUUGUAUAAAAACGGAAUGUGUUCUAUUAGCCAGUUCUGCACCGAUGUCCAACCUGCCUAAACUUCCUCUCAGCUAAAUAAACCGGCAGCUGCUUUAUAUUCGUCAACAUGACCGGAACGAAAAUGGCACAAGAGUCCGAUUUCUGUAAAUUGACAUAUCCGGAAGGAAACCUACCCAGUAGAGGAGAGAGAAGGCGUCCAGUGCUUAUAGCCGCGAUUGCUUCACUCUCCACGGCACUGGUCCUUGGCUCCAUCGUCUUUGGUGUCAUAUUCUACCUUCAACAAAACAAAGCAGAGAAACCCGAGUGGAUAUCUUGGGUCCGUAAUGCCGGAGAUGUGGACAUCCACGAGUCGGUUUUGAUUAAUGACAAAGAAAAAACGAUUCUCAUGGUGUCGGCGGAGGCUUACAGGAUUCACGAGGAGAACUCUAUGGCCCUUCACGACUUCAAACUUGGUUACGUGGCGCUGAGAGACUUUGGAAGGGGCAUGUGCUUGGUUACCAAGGUGAAAAUCCCGGAUUUCCGGUCCGUCAAGCAGAUGUUGGAAGACAGACGAGGCAAAACACUCGACCUUCAACCAUUAAAGCAAGGUGAAGCACAGCUCCGCAAUAUGACGUCAUCAGAAUUGGGGCCCAUUUUGAGCAAGUUUUGCGACGGAGUUCCAGCUCAUUGGUUCGAUGUCAAGGAGACGGCUGUUGAGAAGAGAGCAGUUGACCCGGGACUGCAGGGACCUCCACGCCUGGACGAACUGACAGUCGCGUGCCUACAUAUGCGAUGUGAACUACCUUUGUGACCAUGCAGUUCUGGUUGACAUUUGCUUUGCUUUUUUUUUGAACGAUUGUCAAAUUUCACCAGAAUGACGAUUUGGUCAACUUGACGGGUCACCAGUUAUAUUAACACACCUCCAUUGGAGUACGAAUCAUACGGCAUUCGGGAUCAUGUCUGUAACCAGAAUUUUGUCGAGGAAAUCAAAUGGUGUUUAGGGCAAACCCAUGUGGCUUAAAAGAUGUAUGACUAACCUUGUGGCACAAAAAUCAUAGACUAAACCAGCUGACUGGAGUUUCGAACCCGGGACCUCCUUCAUCAAGUACUGGACGAUCCACACUGAGCCCAUACAGUAUCUUUUCUGAUCAAUCUAUAAUUUAAAACGGUUCAUUUAUUGCUCGAGGGGUCUGAGUGCAAGAGGACUUUGAAUUUCUUCCUAGAUACCGCUUCUGUUGCAAAUGUGUGCUUGUUUUCUGUAUAUUUGUUUUUCGAGAUCCUUUUUAGAACACUUUUUAACAACUUAAUUAUUGUUUGUUAAUUUUAUGCCAAAAACAUUAAAAAGGCAAUGUUUUGGUUACAAUGUGGAAACAUAUCUUGUUCCAUUUAUUCCACUUGUUCUGUAUAGACAGAGUGUUAGGAAGUGUGUAAUUUGCUACCAUCACAUUUACAUGAACUGUUAGAACAAAAUCCUAACUGAAGAAAAUAUACAGAAGGCUGUAUUUCACCCGUAAUACAUGUGACCAUUUGCCAUGGGUCACAUUGUCGUCGCUUCUCUUGUUUUUAUGCUGUAUUCUUUUAUACUUGAAUGCCAUUGUAUAUUAAAAUUUAUUAGAAUACAACAAUUUGAGUAAUUCUAGUCCAGUGACCUCUAAUUGCAACUAACAUCAAUGUCUGUUGUUUUAUCUAAUUUCCCUAGGGCAUAUUUCUAGGGGCUGUUUACGUUGCUGCUCUUUAAGCAUAUACAUGAACAGUUAGAAUAAAACUCUAACUGAGAUAAAUUGACAGGAGACCGUAUUUCACCACUAUCACGU